AUGCACGCACCAACACCGGCCCCUUUCCGAGUCCUAGUUCAGGGCUCUGGCGCCAGACUGCUCUCGCAGAAGUGCCUUCACAGCGGCUUCAGACCAUCCCCAGCUUUGUUCGUCGGGUUGCGAGGAAGCUCAGCUUCUCUCUAUUACCAGAACAGCCAUGGCCAGGGAAGAAACUUCUCCACCACUUCCCCAGCAAGGCUCAAGGAGUUUUUCGCAGCACCAAAACAAACAAAGCGCAUAGUUGAGACCGAGUCGGCAUUUGAACACCCUGUAUUCACCCAGAAACAAAUGAAAGAUAUCAUAGUUGCCCACAGAGAGACGAAAGACUGGUCGGACUGGGUUGCCCUGGGAACUGUACGACUCCUCCGAUGGGGCACUGACCUGGCUACGGGUUAUAGACACCCUAAAGCUGGUGAGCCGGUGCCAUCCGGGCACUUCCAGAUGAACGAACGAAAAUGGCUUAUUCGCUUUGUCUUCUUGGAAACCGUGGCAGGUGUCCCUGGAAUGGUUGGCGGAAUGCUUCGGCAUCUCCACAGCUUAAGAAAGAUGAAGCGUGAUAAUGGCUGGAUCGAGACCCUCCUCGAGGAAGCAUAUAACGAACGCAUGCAUCUACUUACCUUCCUCAAACUCGCUGAACCAGGCUGGUUUAUGAGGCUCAUGGUACUCGGCGCCCAAGGCGUGUUCUUCAACGGUUUUUUCCUUUCUUACCUCAUCUCACCACGAACAUGCCACCGCUUUGUUGGAUACCUAGAAGAAGAGGCUGUCUUGACAUAUACCCAUGCCAUUAAGGACCUGGAAGACGGCAAACUACCUGCCUGGAAGGAGUUGCCGGCGCCGGAUAUUGCCAUUAAGUACUGGAACAUGCCGGAAGGACACCAGAAGAUGGUUGACUUACUUUACUACGUCAGGGCUGACGAGGCAAAGCAUCGAGAGGUCAAUCACACGCUGGCUAACUUGAACCAGAAGAUCGACCCCAACCCUUAUGCAGCUAAGUACGAGAAUCCAGAAAAGCCUCAUCCUACCAAAUCUGCCGAGGUUGUCAAGCCCACCGGUUGGGACCGACAGGAUGUCAUCUAGGCGUCCUAUACUCGAUUUUUAAAGCCCUCCUUUGU